AUGGAAACUGUGGAUUUCCAUGAACCUGUGGUGGACUUUCCACUAGGAGCUGAAGUUACAGUGCCUGAUAUUGUUCAAAAUGACCCUCAAGGCGAACCUCAGGCCGAGGGAGACGGCAGACGACCUUCAACGGAAUCUGGUGAUUCAGUGGCUCCGGUUAGCCAGGAUGGCUAUAGCUUCAAACGAUGGAUGAGAAGCAUUCGUGCCAAUCGAGCUACUGUGGCCAGUCCUCGAAACUAUGUCUUGGGAUGGCCGGAGGAUGAGAGAAUGGAUGAGAGCUAUGGUAGGCCCACUGACAAGGAUAGCCUACCAGAUACAUCUUCCGUUUCCUCCUCGGCCCUACUACAGACCAUGGAAACGGCAAGUGUCAGCCAGGCAACGACAAGCAUAGCCAAUAGGCCCCGUACAAAUACCGUGACAAGCACAAAGCAGAGUGCCAGUCUGUUCUCUUCUUCCGAAACAGCCAGAAUAUCGAUUGAUAGCAAUAGGAUGACUACCUCGAUUUCUCUGGAUGAGGCUGCUUGGAACCGUGCCGUCCAAAGACGCCAAAUUAUCCAGGAAUUGGUAGGAACUGAAACCGUGUACGUAUCUGGGCUAAAGGCCUUGGGUGAUACUGGAAUUGGUCGCAGUGUUGGAACCCUGUUGCGGCUACACACUACAUUCCUUGACGCACUUCGAGCAGCUCUCCCUCGUGCUAGCCCCAUCACCCCACUGUCAUCGUCUAUGAAGUGGAUGACGGCAAAGAAAGUGGCCAAAAAAUCUAGCAUUGACUUCCAUCGCAAAUCAGUAACCACUCGAAGGCUACGCGAGCCGAUUGAACACCGUAUUAAAUCAUCGAGAUCUGUCGCUGCUGAGCCAAGUGAAGCGGAAAAGGUAGCUGAAAUCUUGAUGUCAAAACUCCCAAAGUUCAAGAUAUAUGAAGAAUAUGGCAUCAAAUAUCAUCUGGUGUCCCAAGAAAUCGAGGAACUGCGGAAAACUGUUGAUUUUCAGGUCUGGGACCAUGGUACAGAAGCACUGUCGCGAUCAGUGGCACCCAUAGAAUGCCAGGAGCUGAGCCCCAAUCAAGCACUCACUAUUAAUGAUUUGCUUGCUAAGCCAAUCCAGAGGGUGUGCAAGUACCAGUUAUUCCUAUCAGACCUUUUGAAAUGCACCCCAUCGUCUGAUUGCCCAGCAGCCCGCGAAGCCCUUGAGCUUGCUCACCAGUGUAUGAUCGAUACAGUUCAAGAAAUCAAUCGAGCUACGGGGGACCCCAUAGCCAAGGACCGUAUGGCAAAGACUUUGCUGCUACGGAACAAGCUAGACUUCACAGGCUUUGUAUGUGGUGUUCUUCAUAUUACCUAUGAGACCCUGGAGUCGAUAGCGGGAGAGUACAUGGUAUGUGCUCUCUUUGCCUCACAUAUCCUUCUGGCGGUUCCUUGUGCCGAAAAUCGAAAUUUUGCCGUAGUUGCCAUUAUUGCUACGACGCGAGCAAAGGUUGAGAAUGUCAAUGAGAAACCUGGGUUGCAAUGCACAAGGACACCUCAUUCCUGGAAAAUGAUUUACAUUGCUAGCGGUGAAACCUUUGAGCUUGUCAUGACGGCGUGCUCUACUAAGGAGGCCGCUCAGUGGAUGGACCAACUCCUCCAGAAUAUAGCCCCAGAAAUCACAGUAGACACACCAAGAAUCGGCACAAAGGUUCGAUUCCCCAUCAAAGAACGUCCAGUGAUAACUAUCAACGAAGCUGGCAAUAUGGUCCAGCCAAUCUGUAGGCUUGUUCGCAUUAAAGGAACGGAGGCCGUCCCACGACUGAACCAAGUGCCUAGCCCUAGCGCGUCACCUUCGAGAUCUCAAACCAUCUUGGUCACUCCACUGGUCACCUUAACCCCAAGCCGCCAGGACAGGAUGCGAAUGGAGCGAUGGUUGGCUAACAUAUGGACCUGUGAUAUCAUCCCAUACCCCGGAAUGCCAGGCCGCAGCGAGUACUUUAUCCGAGCUCAGGCGGGUUCCUUCUUUCGAAGCCUUAGCAGCCGUCGUCCAUUUUCACGGCGUGCAAGCAGUAUCACCACCACGACAACUCAGUCAAUCAACUCCGUGUCAAAGGGUGGUGCAGGUGUGGAAGAUAUGGAUAUGACCACCCCCACCAGCCCGAUCUCCAAGCACAGCACUCGGGAGCUUGAUGACAUAACGGACAUCAAUCCACGAUCGAGGAGUUCUUCGCCAGCACGCGCAGCCCUGUCUAUGCUUAAAUGUGGCUCAAUUGUGGACGAGAUGGUGCAACAUGAAGCUCAGGAGAAAGACCCGAAAGCAGUCAAGGAGGCCAAGGGAGGGAAACGUACGAGGUGGGGUGUUUCUAUGUUUACGACGCCGAGCCGAUCUCGUCGCGGCAGGCCAGUUGAAGCGUAA